UUGUGGCUCCAGGACACCCAGGUCCAUGGAAAGAAAUUAUUCCUGAGAUUUGAUCCAGAUGAAGAAACCAGGUCCCAUGGUAACAACCCACUGCCAGAGCCUCUCGAAGGAGAGAGGAAGGAAGAGGCCGGGGACCAAAAGCAAGCCGUGGGGUCUGACAGCCAGAAAAUCUCAGACCCAUCUUCCCAGUCCCCGGAGCUUGUUGUUCCCAGUGGAGAUGAUGGUUUGGAAUGUUUGGGGGGAGACAGCCCUGCAGGAGAUGCUGAGAGGUGGCUGCAGGUCAGAUUUGGUUUGUUUGGCAGCGUUUGGGUGAACGAGUUCUCCAGAACGAAGAAAGCAAACAAGAAGGGUGACUGGAGGGACCCCAUUCCAAGGUUGGUCCUGUACUUUGACAGUGGUGGCUUCCUGGCAUUUUAUAAUUGUCAGAUGUCUUGGAGCUCUUCCCCAGUGGUGAAACCCAACUCUGACAUCUUGUCUGAAAAGUUCCAUCGAGGACAAGCCUUAGAAGCUCUGGGACAGGAACAGCCUGUCUGCUAUACACUGUUGGAUCAAAGAUACUUCUCAGGCUUAGGGAACAUCAUUAAGAAUGAAGCCUUGUACAGAGCUGGGAUCCAUCCCCUUUCUCUUGGUUCGCUCCUCAGUCCCCUGCAGCUUGAUGUCCUUGUGGAUCAUGUGGUGGAGUUCAGUGCUGACUGGCUUCAGGGCAAGUUCCAGGGCAGACAGCAGCACAUGCAUAUCUACCAGAAAGAGCAGUGCCCUGCCGGGCAUCGGGUCAUGAAGGAGGCCUUUGGGCCUCCAGGUGGGUUCCAGAGGCUCACGUGGUGGUGCCCCCAGUGCCAGCCCAAGCUGCCGCCCGACAAGCCAGAGCAGGGCCAGCUCUCCUAAGGUGUUCAGGCCCCUCCUUCACGGAAUCUUGCCCUUUAGGGACCGUGAUGCCUGAAUGUUAAGAAAGGGGGUGUGGGCAGGGGUUGGAAUUGGGUACAGGAAUUAGAGGGGACCGUGGGUCAGAGGGCUGUCAGUCCUGUUGAUAUUCGUCACUGGAGUUACGUCUAAGGUAUAAUUUCUACAAGGUUAGUUUCCCCCCCGCCCCAACUGUUGGUUAAUUCUUCCUAUCUAGUUCUGUCAUUGGGAAAGAUGGGAAAAGUCAUGAGGACAGUUAAGGGAAAAGCCCCCUGGAACGACAGUGGAGUGAUGAAAAUGAAAGCUGCUGGAAGACAGCUGUGCCCCAACAUUGCUCUGUUUGGUUUUGUUUGUUUGUUUUUGAAACAUUGGUUGGCUUGAAGGCCCUCCAUUUUAGAAACAGGAGCACGGAAUUGUCUUCCUUCAUUCCUCUGGAGGGAUCCAGGGAUGAGGAUGGUGUAGCGUGAGGGUUUUGCUGGGACUCAGCCUCCUGCCUGGGUCCUUUCCUGUGAGAUGGAGACACCAGGAGAAGGGGUGGGGGAACAAGUGGGUCAGGGAGCUGGCCACCUCCCUAGUGUGCCCAGUGGGCUUCAGAAAAAAGCUACUUGUUUCCUCCUCAAGGAUGUAUUUGACAUAUUUGUGAUCGUUGAUAUGUGAAACAAUGCAAGAAUCACAGACUGUAGAGACACAGUGUCCAGUUAGCAACAGCUGGAAGAAACUAGGACAUGAAAAUAAAACUCUUUGUUCUUUUCUGUUGUCAUGUAUUUGGCAAUAAUGGUUCU